CGCCAUUCGUGCAGCUUCCCUGAUUGUUGAACGACAGGACUUCGGGGAAAAACUAAGGCACAUGUCCACCGUUGAAGAGAGAGCCUGUGCGUAUAUGUAUGUGAUAAUUUCUGAGAAUGGAUUUGGGACCCAAUGCAAGCUCCAACAUGUUAUCCAACAUGUCAGGAUUAAAACUCACCUUCCCCGACAGUUUCGACGAUGAGGUGUCAAAAGAAAGUAACGACUUGACAGUUGAUGCUGGGUUUGUUGGAGACAAUAACUUUAUAUCUGGGCACACCCAGAAGGGAUCAGAAGAAUAUGUCGACAUCUCACAAGUUCCGCUGUUAGACAACGAAGCCCAGCCGCAGGCUCAGGAAAUGACAGAUAUGCCUGGAGUGAUCCAAAAGCGAAAGGGUGGAUGGCCCAAGGGUAAGAAGAGGAAGAAGUCCACCCCUAAGGACAUGAACGCCCCAAAACAGCCGCUGACGGGCUACGUGAGGUUCCUGACGGAGCGUAGAGAGAAAAUCCGACAAGAAAACCCCAACCUGACGUUCUCAGAACUGACAAAACUGCUGGGAGCAGAAUGGUCAAAACUACCUCAGCAUGAAAAACAGAGGUUUUUGGAUGAAGCCGAGAAAGACAAAGAGAGGUAUGCACGAGAAGUGGAGGCCUACCAGAAAACUGACGCUUUCAAACUGUUCAAACUUCAACAGGAAAAACGACGCAAAACCGUUAUGGAAGACACAGAAAAUAACCCCACAGGUCUGAACGGUACAGGAAUGGAGCUGAUGUGUGACCGCGAUGAUGAAGAACAAGGGACAUUUGACAUCCCUAUUUUUACAGAGGAUUUCCUCGACCACAAUAAAGUGCGUGAAGGGGAACUGCGACAGUUGCGUAAACAAACGACAGAACUCGAGGAGCAGAAUGCCAUCCUGAGUAAACACAUAGAGAACAUGAAACAUGCGAUACAGAAGCUAGAGGUGGAGGCGUUACAACAGCGCACCACCAACACAGCGCUCCAACAACACCUGGAUGCCCUCAGAAGCGCCCUCACCAAUAACUUCUCGUCCGUACCAUUACCAGGUUCUGGAGAAGUGCCUACCCUGGAGACAAUAGACAACUACAUGGCUAAGCUACACACCACCAUCCUGGAUUCGCCCCAAGAGAAUGACGCCCUCAUCGCCACAGUCAGGGAGAUUGUGGGAAGGCUUAAUAUACCCACGGAUAAAUUAUGACAAACAACUUCUGAGAAGGACCUGGAUGAGGAAAGAAAACUGGGGAAGAAGCUUGUGGUGUUGGUGAAACCGUUGAAAUGAGUUAAUGUUACAUUUGUUCUUGGAGUGAAUUAUUGAGGAGAACUGUGGAAAGGACUUGGAGGUCUGUCCUCCACACAGACUUUCACUUUCACUUUUCAUGUAUAAACAUGCUGGCCAAGGAGUGCAUGUAUGUGUUGUUUUUGUUCACGUCAUAAUACACAGAUGUAUAUACAGUCUGUAUACAGAUUACACACCAUAACGCAGCAGAGAAGAAAUUCUCCAUUCCUGGAUACUUAAGAGGAACCACCAGACUCUCUUUAAAACAUUUUUGAAUUUUGAUACAUGUAAUUCUUCGUUGGAUUGUUUGGAGUAUAAGUCCCAUUACAUUAUAGAGUGUGUGCUAACACUGUGUGAUGGUUUCAACCUUUUGCAGAGAAUACUUGGGUACUACAUGUACCCC